AUGGCUGCCACCGAUGGGUUCACACAGCUUUCCGAUUUCAAGGCCUUCAAAACAACAUGGAAAAUCAAAGUGAAGAUCGUACAUACAUGGAAACAAUACACGACAUACACUGGAGAAACAAUUGUGAUGAUUUUGGCUGAUUUUGAAGUUGUUUCCAUUGGCGAAAUGAAAACAUCUGAGCUAAACGACAAACCGAAAAAGAGAUUAGAGGUCAUCCUACGAGAUACAAGUGACCAGCGGUUGUCAUGCACUCUUUGGGGUAAGUUUGCUGACAAAAUGUGGACAGCAUGUCAUGAGGCAAAUCAGGGAAUAGUCACCUGUUUGAUCCGCUGUGGAAAGAUUAACACAUACAAUGGAGAUAGAACAAUUUCAUAUGCCUUUGAUAUGUCGUUGCUGCUCAUCAAUGCAGACUACCCUGCUGUUCAAGAUUUUGUUAUCCAGCUGCCACAAGAUGAUUUAAAGAUUACUUUCGGGGAAAGGAACUGUGAUUGUCUAAAGUCUAAACAUGAGAAUGAUGAUUACGUGAAUCAGUUCCCACGAAGCAUUAUAUCAGAUAUGCUUGAAGCUACUAUGGAGGGGAAAUUCAAAAUCUAUUGUAGUAUCUACCACAUCGAUAUGGAGUUCGGGUGUGGUGAGACAAAGAUUAUUCUUUUUGACAACAAUGCUAUCAAGUUAGUCAAUCAAACUGCGAUAGAUGUACUUGGUGGUCAAUAUGAUGAGAUUCAAGAUCCUACUAUUGUGCCGCCUGCUUUGCAAGCUUUGGUAGGAAAGACAUUCUUAUUUCUAGCUUCUGUUGAAACCUCUAACAUUGUUGGUGGUAAAGAGACUUAUAAGGUGUCAUACGUUGAGAUGGGAGGUGUUGAUAAUAUUGAAGAGUCGGACAUACAAAUUGAUCCUAGGGAUGUGAUCUCUAAUGAAGUUCAGGAUCAGACGAAUAGUAGUGGUAUCGAGACAUCUGUGACCACACCUUCAUCAAAACGUAAAGAUGAGUCCAACGAUGAUGCCACAACACAAUCUUCAACAUCAAAGAAGAUGUGUCUACCAUCAAUUAAUCAGGCAAUAGAAGAAGAAAAAGAAAAGAUUCAAGGAAAGAAAGUCACGGGUCCUUAA